CUCACAAUAAUUAUGACUGUUCUGUGGCUCAUCCCUAAUCCCGCCGACAACGAGGCAGACCAGCAAUCCGCGGCAACAUCACAAUCCGCCCGUACUGGCUCUAAUUUCACCGUUCUCCAGUGGUUGUCCAAAGGCGACCGCGAAGCCAACGCCACCGAAAUGGGUCUCGAGAGCCUCGUCCAGCUAGACAGCCUAGCGUCCUCGCCUCUACUUUCGCUCUCCACAAUACCCGAGGCGGACAGCCAACAAGGCGAGCCGCAAGAGCCCGCUGACGCCGGCCUGUCCAUCGCAGAGCGUCUUGCAAAGGCCACCCAGUCGUUGCACGACGCCGAGCUGCUGCAUGCCUACGACGUCGGCGUCAACGCGGCGCUGCACAGCAUGGCCGAGUACUGGGCGCAGCGCGCGCGCGAGCUGCACGUGAGCAGCAGCGAGAAGCGCAUCUUCGAGCGCGAGGCGCAGCGGGUGGCUGAGCUCGUGGUCGACGCGGAGCGCGAGACCAUGAAGAGCAACGACCGCCUCGUGCAGAGCCGGCGCAACGAGCAGCGCCUCCGUGGCGAGCUCGGCGUUGGCGGCGCCCCUCUCGGCGAGCACCCCGACGACCGGCAGUACCCGGCCUGGAUGGGCUCGGAAAUCCUGGCCGCCCUCCAGGUUCGCACCGAGAGCAUUAGCCAGUUGAGCAUCGGCGAGCCUCUGGUCCUGCAGGACGACCCUCCCCCUUCUCCCGCCGCAAACCGGGGUGGGGUCUAG